GAAAACAAAAGCGACAAAUUCCUGUAUUCUCGCACAGUUUGGACAAAAAUCGCUGCUGACUGCUUACAACAGCCCCUUACAACAUGACUACUGUGGGAGAAGAUACAAUAGAAAUAGCAGCUCUGGGGAGACCAUUUCAACUGGGAAUGCUGUAUGACUGCAGAAAAGAUGCAAUUGUACCAGGAAUCACGCUUUGGGAUCGAGAGCAGCUGCAGAACAAUACAGUUGCUCGUCCUCAUAUUAAUACAGAGUUCACAGUUACAACUUCAGACACAAUUCAAGAAAAGGCAGAGCACCUAAAAGUUGAUGGUGAACUGAAACUGAGUCUUAUGGGAGGCCUUGUCUCAGUAAGUGGUGCAGCCCGAUAUUUCAAUGACAAUAAAAAGUCAUUUAUACAAGAGAGGUUGACGCUGCACUACAGAACAAACACCAGGUUUGAGCAUCUGACUAUGAACCACCUAGCACAAGGAAGAAUGGAUCACCAUUAUGUAUUUGAUCAUGAUGUCGCAACACACGUGGUUACAGCAGUGCUAUACGGAGCAGAUGCCUACUUUGUCUUUGAUAGAGAGGUGAAUUUAUCUGAGCACAAAAACAGCAUCAAGGGAGAAGUAAAUAUUGCUGUUGAUAAACUGAAGAUGCUUUGUUCUGCAGGUUCACAGGUAGCACUAAACCUGAAUGACAAAGAGAAAGAUGCAGUGAAAAAACUGAAUUGUACAUUUUAUGGUGAUUUCAUGUUGCCCUCUAAUCCAACAACUUUUGAAGAAGCUGUAAAGGUUUACACUGAUCUUCCAAAUAUGCUUGGACAGAAUGGAGAACAUGCAGUUCCAGUAAAGGUGUGGCUUUAUCCUCUGGUCAAGCUGGACUCAAGGGCAGCCAAACUUCAAAAAAUGAUCACUAGAGAUCUUAUUCGAGCUAUGGAGUCAGUAAUAGAGGAUUUGAAUGUCACAGAGAUGAAAUGUGGUGACUUGUUGCAAGACAUAGUGGCAAAAUCAUUCAGCACAUUUCACAAUCAAUUUCAAGAUUUUCAUCAUUUUUGCAUUGAGUACAAGCGAGAUUUCAUGACAAAACUAGGGUUCCUCCUGCCAGAAAUCCGUGGUGGUCAAUCAGAUAUAAGUGCCAUGCAUGAACUUCUAGAAGCCCAUGAGAAAUCUCCUUUUAAUAGCAGGGAUCUUCAGCAGUGGAUUACAGUGAAGGAAAAACAAUCCAACCGAGUAAAAUUCCUGCUAACGCAGCUCCUUGACCUUGGAGCAGAAGUGAAUGAUGACACAGACAAAUAUUUGCUGGACCUGAAGGUGGACAAUAUAGUUUCUUAUGCUUUUACCUGUCUUCAGCACCCAGAUUGCCUCAUGACCAAACAAGACCUCUACCUGAACCCCUCAAAGAUGAAAAGGAUCGGUGAAAAUCCACUUCAUGUAGAUUUUCAGGAAAAAAUGUCAACCUCUGAUGAGUGCAGGUGCAUGAAGAAUAAUUUGAGAACUUUUAAGAACUUGAUCACCUCAAAUAAGAGCCAAUCCACCAAAUUUAUUGUUCAAAGUGUGCCUCCGAUGUCAGAGUAUCCAGGUUCCUGCAUUCUCGUGUAUGAAAAUGAAUGUAAUGAACCGAUCUGUUUUGUUCCUCCAUCAAAGCCAACAUGUCCAAACACCAAAGGUGUCACAGAUAACAGCAUAACAGUAAAGUUGAGCCCCUCAUGUUCUGCUACACUGGAGAGGAAAGUAUUGUACAAAACGAAAGAAGAAACAAACUGGAAAACUUGCACUGUCCAUCAAGAUGAUGAAGUUACACUGACAGAUCUUCAUCGGAAAACUUGA